GGCCGCAGCGGGGCGAAGGGCGCACGGGGCGUUGGCACCCGGGCGCGCGCCUGCGUCGCCGACUUAGAUGUGGCGAGGACGUUUCUGUGCCUGGUGCACUAGACGCGAGCCAUUCAACAGCUGGCCUCGCGGGCAGCAGUCGCAGGGAGCAACUGGGAACAUUGACGGUGGCGACUGCGGCUGUUGGAGGGAGGCGGCGGCGGCAGCAGCGGCUGUGGUGGUGGCGGUCCCGCUAUCCCAGCGGAGCCCGGAGUGGAGACGCAACAGCUCCUGAGGCUCCCGGUGGUCUGAGGACACCAUGACAGUCACGGUGGUGUAUGAUAACUCAGAGGCAACAGAGCUCUGUGCAGCUCAGCACCUCUACCUCAAGCCCAUAGCAAAAUUGAUGAUCAACGUAUUACUCCCAGAGAGUCUAGAACCUGUGAGGCCCUUCUCUAACUGGGAAGUUCUUGACCAGCUGAAGAGCCUGAUUUGCCCAGACCAGUUCACCACAGUUCGGCUCUCCAAGAGCACAAGGGACUUCAUCCGAUUUGAGGGUGAGGCUGAAAACCGAAGUUUGGUUCAGAUCCUGAAGGCAAAGUUACAUGGGAAGAUCAUCAAGCUAAAUGGUUUGAAAACAGACUUAAAAGUAGUGGCCACAGAUGCCCAGGGAGAGUGGGAACACUUCCCCAAGGAGAGAGAGGCCUCAGUGAGUGAUGAGGCCGAAGAGCAGAACCAUGAUAAGAGCCCGGAUUCUAUAUAUUUUGAAGGCUUGCCUUGUAAAUGGUUUGCACCUAAAGGCUCUAGUGGGGAGAAGCCAUGUGAAGAGAUCCUUCGGGUAGUUUUUGAAAGCUUUGGGAAGAUCAAGAACGUGGAUAUCCCUAUGCUUGACCCCUACAGAGAAGUGAUGACUGGUGGGAGCUUUGGGGGUUUCAGCUUUGGCUUGCAGACAUUCGAGGCCUUCAUACAGUACCAAGAGUCAACUGACUUUGUAAAAGCCAUGGAGUCCCUUCGAGGAAUGAAGCUGAUGCUUAAAGGAGAUGAUGGGAAAGCUCUGGCAUGUAACAUUAAGGUUAUGUUUGAUACAACUAAACACUUCAGUGAAGGAGCUAUAAGGAGAAGAAAUCAGGAAAGGCUAAAAUUACAAGAAUUGGAAGAAGAAAGGAAAAAGGAAAAGAAAAGAGAAGAGGAAGUGGCUGAAAGAAGAAGAAAAGACGAGGAGAGGAAGGCCCAGGAAAAGAGGAAGAAGGCCAGGGUCAGGAAGCGAGCGCUGAAGGAAAGGGACAGACACCGGCAAAGGAAACCGAAGGACAAAGCCAAAACUGAGGAACCACGUGAGCCGGACUCUUCAGAGGAGUGGGAGGAGCGGAAGUACCUGCUGGCUCAGAGGCGGGUUGAGGCCCUUCGCUUGCUACGGGUACUCCUGAGGAAAAUUUCAGGAUCCAGUCAGUUUAACCCACAGGAGGUCGACGUUACAAGCCCCAAAGCUACUCAUGCUCCAGGAAACACAUUGGGAACUCUGGAGGAAGAAGAGUUAAACACUCAGCACCUUCAAAAUCAAGAGGAAAUGCCAAAAGAUCAGGUUGCCAAGUCAGACAAUAAAAGGAAACAAAAAAUGAAGAAAAGAACAGGGGCUCACUUACAUAAAUCUUCCCACCGCCUUGGGAAAAAAAAAUUAAGAUACUCAACUAGAAAAGAGAGAACUGGAGAAUUACUAACUGACAGAUACAACCACAGUUUGGGUUUUGACCAGAAUCCCUUGCAGAUUGCAGUGAUUCAAGGUCCAACUCUUGAGAAAGAAGACAACCACAGUUCUAAUAAAUCCUACUCUUCUACAUUACCUGAGAGAGACCAUGGAAGGAAACAUAAGAUCUAUGAAACAGAUGAAUUUAUUGACUAUCUAUUAAACUAUUAUCAAACUCCAAGAUAUGCCCGUAUCUAUCUAGAACCAAGUCACGUAAUAGGCAAGUGUCAGUGGCAGAGGGAUGUCCAUGCUAAAGGAAAUGGAUUUCAGAUUAAUUUGAGAAAGCGCAGGCAUCACUCAACCAAUUUGAGCCAAAUGCAAAACCUGGAAAGGAGAGAACAAGUUGAAGAAGAUGAUUAUUGGUCAGAGAUUUGUACUCAGGAUCCUGAGCAUAAACCACAAAAGAGGGUAAAAGUGGAUUAUGCCAACGAAUGUACUAGUGGACUUAAAAACCAUUGGAAGGAUAUAGCCAGUAAAGCUGGUGAUCAGCUGUCCCCAGCUGAUGGAAAUACCCAUCAGUUAGAAAAGUCUCACACUUACCAUAUCGAAGAUUCCAAAUCCACAAGGAAAAGCCAAGUAUCUUCACCCUAUAGGUCAGUAGGCUUAGAUUUGCAGUUGACAGAUUUCUUAGAGGAAAUUAGUAGUGAUUCUGAAUGCUUCAGUGAAACCCUUAGUGUAAACAAAGAGGAGAAAGAGAGAUCUGUGGCCACAUAUCACAGCUCCUCAGAAAAAGGACCUCUUGACCCUGAUGAAAUCAUCACUUGUGAACAAGAACCUAGGUCAAGUCAGCAGACCUUGUAUUCAGAGUGGAAACAUGAUGGUGAAGAAAACUACUCUAAAUGCAAGCUUAGGACACCAAGCAAGAGGUCUAAGUAUGAACUGAAAUGUUCAUGGCUUGAGGGUGAAAGCAAUUUCAUUAGAGAUGAAAAGAACAGCAGCAAAAAGAGGGGAAAACUAUCCCCCAAAUACUUGUUUGAUGAAGGAUACUACCACGAAUCCAGUUCCAGUAAUCUAUUAGAGAACAUCACAAGAAAGAAGAGGAGGUUUAGUGGUAAUACAUUUGACCAGAAAGUGAACUAUAAACCCUCUCAUGUGCCAGUAACAUCAUUAAAAAGUGCUAACGCUUUCUAUUUGGGUGAUUUUCCCAAAAGAAGAGAGACUCUUUGGAAGUCAGAAUGUAAACAGGAUGCAAGAAAGUAUAAAAGGCAUGAGAAUUCUAAAGAUUUCAUGCUCAAUCCUGAUAAUUAUUAUAUUAGACAUAACAGUCAAGAGCACGUUGACUAUGAAAGCUAUUUAGGAAACAACUACACUAGUUCUUUAUGUUUUCAAAUGUUUUGAUGGCCACUUAGAUCAGGAACACCCUUAUUUAUAAUAAACAUGAUGCAAGAAGAAAAGUUAAAACCAAACAUAGCUAUGUAGUUAGCAACUACAGAGCAAGAGAGCAGCAUUUAAAAGCCUGAGCAGAGUCAAAUACAAAACCUUGUUUCUCUUGCCAGAGUUUAAAGCAUAGAUCAAAAUGACUGCAGGUGUGUUGGCAAGCUUUGGAAACAUAAAACAUCCAGAUGCUGAAGCUUGGUAAAACAAUGCUUGCAAAGCUUCUUGAUCUAAGGACAGACAUUUUUACAGUUCAACUGCAACUUUAAUUUGGUGCCAGUGAAGGAGCAGAUUAACAUUGAGAGGGGUUUGAUAGCCCCUCUAUGGCUCCUUAGCUGUCAUAACAUCAUUUAGUAUCAUGUAGCUUCAAAGAGGACAACAGUGAACGAAUAAGGAUCCUUUUACAUGUUCUUUGAUUUGGUCCGAAACACCAUGUGCAGCAACAAACUUCCCUGAGUUUUAUUUAGAAAUAAUUAUAGAUAAAAGAAGAGAGAUGACAGCUAGGACAUAUAAAUGGACUUCUUCAUGACAUUAAAGAGCACCCACCAGGAGGAAAUUAAUCUUAUUACUAUGUUGAUAGUACUCAAAGAGUUGUCUUUUUAGAGACAAAGUCUUGGAAGAAGAAUCUAAAAGUGGCUCUGAUUGUCCUUUGAGGUUUAAAUGGAGAGGGGACCAUUAAGCAGAGGUUUUUUUUUUUUUUUAACCUAUGUCUUUCCAUUCUAGAAAAGCAGCAGGAUUGAAGUGAUAUAAGAAGUGGGGUUUGCAAAUGAAAUAUUGAAAAGAUCCUGGGGCACCAACAAUGGCACUUGGGAAGAAAGGACAUGACAGUAUUCCAUUUUAGGUUAUGUAAUCCUUUCACUCAGGGUCGGAUGACAUCAGUUUGUAAAAAGUCACUGAAUAUUUCCAAACCGACUUUUAAUAAAACAGUAACAAGUGCCUCCUCAACCCUCAAUUAAUGCCAUGGAGUUAGGAAGAGUCAAGGGGAAAGUGUGUAGUUUUCUAGCUGGGGAAAAAUUGUAUGUUGUGUAGGAUUUGUAAACUCUUAACAUACGCAAUUUAUCUUUUUACCUACUGGUUUUGGACUUCUUAAAUGUUUUUAAAUUGAGAUAUUUUAUAGAUUCUUAAAAGACUUCCAUCUUAGUGCAAGUGCAUGUUCUAUAGAAAGCUCGGCUGAUUCAUUCUGCCUUACAUUGGAUUUAGGACCUCAGGGGCAGUAGAUUACUUUUUUUCCCCCCAACAAAGCUAUACCUGACCUGGCAAUUGAAGACACCAAUGACAUUAGAGACUGCCUGCAACAGGAAAGGGUGGCUUUUAAUCCACAGAAGCAGUGGAAGGGCAACAUUUUCAUAUGACAUGAUCCAUUUCAAACAGUCUUCAUUUGAUAUUCUGUAGAAAAGUGCCAACUGGUAGAGCCAGGUAGAAUGCCAGCUGCCAGUCAUGGUGGCUGCCCAGAAUGAUGCAGCAUGGAUGUGCGCUCGUUAUCAGCCUCUUAGCAACCUGGUAUCUGCAGGAGCUACAAAAAAAUCUCACUUAUCUGAAGAGCCCCAAGUUGCUUUGUUGAUCUCUUCUAAUCACAUUUUAAUAGAGCUAUGUUAGUACAUGCAAGAAUUCAGAAAUGAAUGUAACAUAGCAGAUCAUGUUUAUUAUCAACAAGGUGAUAACCAAGGAAUGAUUUGUUGGCUCUCUUGUGUUCAAUUCCACUUUCAAGCCAGUAACUCUACCAUCAAAAUGACGUUUGGCUUGUCAGAUCUGAAAAAAAUCGCUCAUGGGCGAGUGCCUUCUCUCCUAAGGACUAGCAAUGACUAUUAAUGUUCAAAGUACUGUUGUCCAGAAUAGCCUUUUAAACUACGAAUAGCUUGUAUUUUGUCAGACAACUUUCAGUAAUUAGGUAUUAUUCUCUUCCAAUGAAAACCUGACUCCUUAUUUUUUCGUUUCUUGCCACUAAAACAAAGAACAUGGGUUUGUAAUGGAAAGCAGCUAUGCUUGUUUUGAAAAAAAUCUCACUUCCUUCUGUCAUUUGAUAAUUUUUCUUUGCAGAGUUUUAAGGCAUGGAAACAAUUUGCUGCUCAGUAAUCAGACAUAAAAAAUAAAUUGCAGAAUACAGCAUGUGCAGAUUUUUUGUAUCAUAGAACUGGUGCUAAGUCAUUUCUAUAUAACAUUUUUGUCUUGUUUUGUUUGUUUGCAAAAUACUGUCCUGAGACCUAGAAGAAAGUAAAAAUACUGGUUUUAUGUUUACUUUCUGUACAACCCUGGAUUUUUAUAUGUCUUGUGAUAGAUAAUGCAUUCUAGAUUUGAGUCAACCUUUUAUGUGUGUAGGCCUUAAAUGAGGAAGAGAACAACUUAUCCUGUACUUUUCAAGUGAAUGGCUUAGUAAGGAAUGAAAUAGAACUGAAAAUAUCAUAACCACCUUAAUUAACAUUGUUAUUCUUUGUUGUGCUGUUAUUUAAGUGGUGCAAAAGUUUUUGCUCCUAUCUUUUUUCUAUGUCCUAUUAAGUAAGGGCCUGAACUUUAAACUUUGUCUUUUUAAAUAGGUGUUUUCAUGUUUUUCUUUGUAUGUGCUGCUGAUGGUGCUGUAAGAAAGCUAAAAAUCUGUCAAUGUAUUUCUGUUCAAUUUGUUUGAAUUUCUCAGGUAGAAAGCCAUGUAACCAGGUAAUUUUGAAAAUAAGAACCAAAUAAAUGUAUUUUUAUUUGUUGCAAAAUAUUGAAAAAUAUUGCAAAACUGUUGAAAAUAUUAAGUUUUAAAUAAAUGCUGAUAAUUCCACUUUGGCAGGGUGAGGGGUGAGUUUCUACCUGUAGUAACCAGUAGUAUGCUGCUUUGCACUAAUGUUGCUGGUCUUUUUUCUCAUUUGCAUUGUUAGAGAAAUAAUACAUAUUUAAUUUUCAGAUAUAUUAAAAAUAAAAUUGUCAUAGUGAAUAUUGAGUCUUUGUUUAUUUACCACAUGUAUUGGUGAAAAUGUUGCACAUCCAUGACAUUUUCUAUAGAAAUACAGAUGUCUAAUUUUAAUAUCCUUUCUAUGCAGCUUUUCCCUUUAU